AUGGCGACGGUGUGUCGAAACCGUUUCAGCGGCCAUAAUCCCUGGCAUUUCUACCUCGCUGCUCCCCCACUGGCGGCGAUGAUGGUUAUCUACUACGUGACCACCGCAUUCCCCGCAUCCGUCGCAUCCGCCGCGGCAUCCGCCGCAGCCGCCUCCUUCGUCGCUACCGUCGGCGGCGCCGGCGGCGUUAGUGCCGGCGCGCGCAGAAGAGCCGCGCUUUCCCCCGAGGACGAAGCGCGGUUAGCGCAUGCGCGGGUCCGCGCGCAGCAGCUUGCGCGUCUAGGAGUCGUAGGCGCGCGCCGCCGCGGAAGAGACGCGCAAGCGGAAGCGGCGCAGCGCAGAGCGGGAGGGCGUCGUAGUAGUCGUAGAGAAUACGACCGCCUGCUGCGCACGGCGAGGAGAGAUGCGAGUCGAGCGGGGGACGACUGGUGCCGCGGGCUGUCAGACGGCCUUCACGGGGAUGCGCUCUCUCAUCCGCCGCACAGGGCCUACUUUCGCUGCUCUGGCUACUCGCUCGCAGGAAUUUAUUUCUGCCCGGGGACCUCCCGAUUUGACGAAGAGAAAGGGCGGUGUGAGGAGGGGAGAGGGAAACUCGACGCUGCUGCUGCUGGGGAGGAAAGAGCAGCAGUCGCUAGUGGUGAUGGCAGUGAUGGCAGCACCAGCGGUACUACAACUGAUACAUCUGCGCUGUCUCCCUCUCCGUGGGCGGACGAGCAGGCAGGGGCGGAGUUGAACGCGCUAUUGGCGUUUAAGGCGGCGGUCAUCAACUUUCAGAGCGCGCUGCGCUCGUGGGUCGUGCCUCGCCACGCCGCCAACUCCUCUCUCUCCCCGGCCGCCUUCUUCUGCCGCUGGCGCUUCAAUCUCACCAUCAGGAACGACCCAAGCUAUCAAGGCAUUGCCGGCCUGGUUGGGGCCUUCCCAACGCAGCUCUCCGCCUGCUCGUCUCUGAGAAAACUAGAGCUCUCAUUUCACCGCAUGGUUGGAGGGAUACCCGAUGGCGUCUCGCAGUUAAAGGCCCUCGAGGAGCUGAAUCUGAAAGGCAAUCUCAUCACAGGCACUCUUCCAACCGCCCUCUUUUCUCUCUCCAAUCUCAAGUCAUUGACGCUUUCCACAAAUGCCAUUUCCGGCCCGAUUCCGCCGCAGAUCUCUCUGCUAAGCAAGACACUUAUGGACCUGGAUCUGAGAGAGAACCAUCUCUCGGGCAGCCUGCCCGAGGAAAUCGGGCAGCUGAAAAACCUCGGGAUGAAACCGGCGUUCGCCGGCUUAUCCCUUCAAGGCAACAACUUCUCAGGAUCCCUCCCAGCUUCUAUCUCCAACCUCCAGUCUCUUCAGAACCUCGACCUCAGCCACAACCAGUUCUCAGGCUCCCUCCCCCAGGGAGGCGCAUUCCUCUCCGCGCUCACACACCUGGCUACUCUUCAGAUUACCAGCAACCAGUUCUCCGGCUCCCUGCCGCUCUCCUUCGCAUGCACCACGAGCAUUCUCACCAUCUCGUUGGGAUCGAACCAGUUCUGGGGCACGCUGCCGGCCAGUCUAGACAACUGCGCCAUGAUGCUCUUGCUGCUGGACGUUUCUAGCAAUAACCUCACGGGACCCCUGCCGCCUACUUUCUGGAAGUCUCUCUCUCAGGCUUACAUGCCGUUAUCCCUGAUGCUGCAGAAUAACAGCUUUUCGGGCAGCCUGUCACCCGCUUUUGCAGAGAUUGCAACGCUCGUGCAGCUUGAUGCCACUGCUCCCGAAGCCCUUGCCACGUGCCGCAACAUCAUUUACUACGAUGCUUCCAACAACCAGCUCUCAGGCACGGCAGCCGACGUGGUUGACAGGCUGGCAAAAGCCGUUCCUCUGGUGUCGGUGCGGCUCGGUGGUAACCGUAUCCAGGGAGAAAUCCCUGAGAACAUUUUCCUCCUAAGCUUUUCCAGAGAGCUGAACCUGUCAGGGAAUGUGCUCACAGGUUCAAUUCCCAGCACCGUCGCUUUGCUGAACCGGCUGCAGGUUUUCGAUGUGAGCGGCAACGGGCUGUCCUCGUCCCUCCCCUCCUCGCUCGGCUCCUUGUCCUACCUCUCCCUGCUAGACGUCAGCCGCAACGGCCUCUCCGGCCCCAUCCCACCUGAGCUCGCCCCGCCCUUCCUGCCCUUCCUCACCCUUCUAAACGUCUCCCACAACGCCUUCUCGGGCGCCAUCCCCUUUGGCUUCUCCAAUACCAACACCACGGCCACGGCGCUCGACUUUUCAUACAACAACCUCUCCGGGCCGAUCUACCCGGGCAACCUCUCGCUGCUCCCCGCCUCCGCCUUUGCCGCCAACCCCGGCCUGUGCGGCGGAGCCGGCUACCCCGACUGCCCGGCCCCGCCAGGGCAGGCGCUGUCGACGGGGGCGGUGGUGGGGAUCGUGGUGGCAUGUGUGGCGGCGCUGGCUUUGGCGGUGGGCGGCGUGUGGUACGCGCUGUUCUACCAGCGCAGCACGGGGCUGGAGGGCGGCACCAUGCUCGUCUUCGAGCGCCUCGACUUCAAACUCAACAUCCGCUCCAUCCUCGAUGCCACCGACACCUUCAACGAAAAGUUCCUUCUUGGCCGGGGUGGCUUUGGCUCCGUCUACAAAGCGACACUAGCGGACGGGCGGGAGGUGGCGAUAAAGCAGCUAGCUUCGGGAUCAUCCCAAGGGCAGCGGGAGUUUGAGGCGGAGAUGCACACGCUGGGAGCAGUGCGGCACCGCAACCUGGUGGUGCUGGUGGCGGCAUACCUCUCCCGCCCGCCCUCCCAGGAGCGCCUUCUCAUCUACGACUUCCUCCCGGGCGGCUCCUUGGAUGACAUCCUCGGCCGCGACAUGCCCAAGGGGUCGCCUAUGCGGCGCUGGGAGCGCGGCCGGCUGUCGUUCAAGAGCGAUGUGUUUGCUUUUGGUGUGGUGGCGUUGCAGGUGCUUACCGGGAAACUUCUCUCGGAUAAAGUCCUGUCGGAAACGGUUAUAUCCAGGUGGGUCAGUACGAACCCGCUGGAGGAGAUUGUGGACCGUCGGAUCGAGAACUGGGAGAAAUAUACGGAUGAGAUGGAGGCGGUGGUGAUGCUGGGUCUCAUGUGCACAGCUCGAUUGCCGGCAGACCGGCCCUCCAUGAUUGAGGCUUUAGAGGCGCUUGAAGGGCUUAGCACGUUUGCUCUCAGCAUGAGGAAAGGGGAGAGCGGGAGGGGGGAGAGUGGAAGGGGGGAGAGCGGGAGGGGGGAGAGCGUGAUGGGGGAGAGCGGGAGGGGGGGGAGUGUGAGGGGAGAGAUCUUGGAGGUGCGUGGGUGUGAGAAAGGAAGUGAGGGAGCAGAAGGCCAUGAGGAGGUGUCGUCGGUUGGGAGAGAGACUGGUUCAGGUAGGAGACAGGAGGAGAAGCAGGAGGAGAGAGAGGAGGUGAAACUGGAAGUGAGUCAGGAGGAGAGAAAGCAGGAGGAACAGGAAUUGAGAAAGGAGGAGAAACAGGAGGAGAGUAAGGAGGAGAUACAGGAUGAGAAGCAGGAAGAGACACAGGAGGAGAGAGGUGGAACAAGAAGAGAGACAGGAAGAGCAACAGGAUGA